AUGAACGAUUCUUUUCGUAACCUGCAACUGGGACAGCAGCUUUAUUUCAACAAUUCUACACCUGCUUCUGGAACAACUGCAACUGGCGGAGGAUCAGCGACAGUCACUACUACCACUACAGCAAUAACAACAACAACAACAACAGCAGCAGCAGCAGCAGCGUCCCUGUCUGAUCCGCAAUCAAACAACAAUUCCAGUCUCCAUAACAACAAUUCCAGUCUCCAUAACAACAAUUCCAACAGUUGCAACAACAACAACAUCAACAACAGCAACAGCAAUAAUAACCACAACGUCCUCAAUUCGGUCAUGAGCAACGCUAGAACAUCUGUGUCAAGUAAUAAUAACCACCACGUUGAUAACGGCGACCACACCAAUGGGCACAUGCUGGUGAGUAACAACCAGCUUCACAACAGUACAAGCCGACACCCAAGCGAUGGGUCGAUAAACGCUGAAAAUGACACGAUGGAAAUGAACCUGUCAUCUAAUGCAUUGACAGGUCAGCUAUCGAGCAGCGAUUUCUAUCAAUUGAUCGGGCAACUCCAGCAGCAGAACAAUAUCAACAAUCAAUUGGUUAUGAAAAUAAACUAUCUAUCAGACUCAGUGGAUGAGGUGAAAAGAAGUCUUCUGGAUAUCCAACAACUGGUUUACACUUUACAGAACAGUGGCCAUUCGAGCCCAUUGACAGGGGUCCCUGCGGGGAACUUGACCAAUCAAUUUAAAGCAUUUGAGGUUUUUACAAAGCACUUGACAAAGUUGAACAAGGAUAUCGAAGCAAUUAAUGGACAAGCGCUUGGAGUGCAGCCUGUACAACAGCAGCAGCAGCAGCAGCAGCAACAACAACAACAAAAACAACAACAGUCUCAGCAACUGCUUCUGCGACAACACCACUCGCAACUGCACCAAACAUCCCAACCCCACCCUAACUCAUCACAACCACAAAUUAACCCCGAAUUACACCCACAAAAUCAUAUGAAUGUUUCAAAUAAUACAAUAGCUCACGACAACAACCUACAUCAGAGCCAAAAUCAGGGAGCGAGUAACCAGGCAUUUGAGGAUGACACCGAUCUCGGUAGAAAGACUCUUGUACCUCGGUCCCCAGGCGUCCAUUCAAGCUCAUCCUCCCCGUAUGUGUUUGAGCUUGGCGCUUUCCCCACUGUCAGAAACAGUCUUAACGGUAAUAUCAACUAUGACAAAUCUUCACUAACACUGAGUCAAGUACCGCACCAAAUUAGACGAUCGCAACAACCAAAACUGUCAAUGAUGUCUUCUCAGCAACAAUUACAUGCAACACAACAGGGACAACCACAGAGGCUACCAACGUUGACGCAACAACAUUCGCAACAUUUGCAACAUUUGCAACACUCGCAACACUCGCAACAUCCGCAGCAGUUGCACACAAACAACCCCAAUCUGGUUACACAUCCACAUACACAUCCACACCAAGCAUCAACUCCGUAUUCCAAUGCGUAUAUGCUUCCCGUACCCCCUUUGCUCCAUGAUGACAAAACAGGCGCAUUGGCACAUGGGAACGACUCUUCGUCGCAGUACUUGCUAUCUCGUGACAAUAGCGGGUUGCUAACUUCUGCUUUGAGGCAACAAGCGUCACACACGAGGUCAAUGCCACCACAAACAAACACUGCGUUUUCGUUCGAUGACAAUGACAUAGAACAGAGUAUUGGAGAGUUGGAGCAACAAACUGGAUCAAGUGCUGGUAGUGUACACAACACAACGACCAACCACCCAGACAGCAACAAUGCUCACAAGCAGCAACUGUCAGACAAGCCAUUCCCAUCCACAAAGAAACGCAAAAUUGGAUCAGAUGUUAAACCAGAGGAUAUGGAAGAAUCAGAGAUUCCUCAAUAUAAGUUAGAGAGGAGUCUUAAACUGAUUGCUGACAUUUGGAAAGAGUUCGCGUAUGGAGUCAAUGGCAAACCACCAUUGAAGUCACUUGAAGCCAAAUACGGCACCAAGUGGAGAAACGAAACUGAGUCGCGUACUUUUCUACGCCGGAAGAAGAUCUACGAGGCCAUUGAAGUCGGUAAGAGUAAAGGGUACAGCGAAGACGAUGUCAUUCUUGAGUUGGAGGAUUUCCGAAGUUUUGAAAAGAAUGGGGCUUUGAAGAAGAAGCCGUUGCUGUGGAUGAGUGCGAAUAUCCCUGCAAAAUUUACAGAACCAACUGAUGAGUAG